AGCGACCUAUUGUAUCAAAGGGGCGCGUGAAUGUGUCUUUGCAGCCUCGCGCCUCAUCUCUGCGCUCGUUUGGUUUAAGCCGGAUCCCACAUUUCGCAAGGUUAGCACACGCAAGCUAACACGAUGUCGAGGGUGUACAUCGGAAGACUGAGCUACAGGGCCAGAGAAAAGGACGUGGAGAGAUUCUUCAAAGGCUACGGGAAGAUACUCGAAGUCGACCUGAAAAACGGGUAUGGGUUUGUUGAAUUUGAUGACCCACGUGAUGCAGAUGAUGCUGUGUAUGACUUGAACGGCAAGGAGUUGUGUGGGGAGAGGGUCAUUGUGGAGCACACCAAGGGACCCCGUCGGGAUGGAGGUUAUGGUGGUAGUGGUGGAGGCGGCGGCGGCGAAAGAGGAGGAGGAGGCGGCGGCGGCGAUAGAGGAGACAGAGGAGGAGGAGGCGACAGAGGAGGUGGCGACAGAGGAGGUGGAAGCGAUAGAGGAGGUGGUAGCGGCGGCGGUGGAAGAAGUGGAUAUGGGCGCUGGGGAAGAGACAGAUAUGGUCCACCUAUAAGGACAGAUUAUCGGCUCAUUGUUGAGAAUCUUUCCAGCCGCUGCAGCUGGCAGGACUUGAAGGACUACAUGAGGCAGGCAGGGGAAGUGACUUACGCUGACACCCAUAAGGGCCGGAGGAACGAGGGGGUGAUCGAGUUCAGGCUCUACUCUGACAUGAAGAGGGCUCUGGAGAAGCUUGAUGGCACUGAGGUGAACGGCAGAAAGAUUCGGCUAAUUGAGGACCGCCCCGGAGCCCGACGCAAGCGCUCUUAUUCUCGCAGCCGCAGCCAUUCCAGGUCCCGCUCCAGGAGCCGCAGGUCUCGCAAGAGCCGCAGCCGCAGUGAGAGCAGCAGUCGCAGCCGCUCCCGCUCCAGGGCGGCAUCCAACUCCCGCAGCCGAUCUCGUAGCAAGAAGAACAAGAUCAAGAGCAAGAAAGAGGAGGAAGAGCGCAGCAACGGCGCUCCGAAGAACAAGGAGCGGAGCAGGAGUCGCAGCCCCAAAAGUCGCAGCCCCAAAAGUCGCAGCCCCAAGAGUCGCAGCCCCAAGAGUCGUAGCCCCAAAAGUAAAAAGAUUAAGAAAGACGAGAAGAAGAACAAGAAGGACGAUUCCCGGUCCAGGUCUCGCUCUCGCUCCAGGUCCCGCUCUAGAUCGGAGAUUAAGGAUCGCUCCAGGAAAUCCGGCUCCAAGGGCCGCGAGCAGCCCAAGAGCGACGACGAGGGAGGCGAGGUCGAGCGGGGCUCCCGCUCUCGUUCACACUCCCCCGCCGAAUCUAAAUCCAGAGCCAGGUCUAAAUCAAAGUCCAAAUCCCGCUCCCCCACCCCUGCCAAAGCCCGCUCCCGCUCCGCCUCGCGCUCAGAGUCUCGCUCCAAAUCUCGCUCCAAAUCCCGCUCCCAAUCUCGUUCUCGCUCCCGUUCCCGCUCGUAGUUCAGUUUUUGAACCGUUUUGUCUUGCGCCCUUACCCCAGUGUCUCCCCCCCGCCCCCAUUUACAUUCCCUGCACCCCCACUACCCCGCCUCCCCGUUUUUUGAUAAAUAGCUGUAGAUGAUCAGGCACUCGACGUCUUUUAUGCACACGCUACUCCAUUUCAUUUGACUUUUACUCUGCAUAUUUUUUCAUUAGAGCUGUCUCGUAUGGGGUUGUUUGUAAGAUAACAGGGUGCAAAUCUCAGUUUUAUAAGUUUAAAUGAUGGUAUGGUGCGUGUCUUAGCCUUUUUUAAUCAAAUGUAGAAGCAUACUGUUUAGUCAAAAUGCCGGGUGGGAAAGAAUUCCACCGUCUCACCUUUUUUGUGAAAUCCUUGUAUCAUUUUAUUUCAGAUUAAAAGACACCUGUUCUACAUUUGUCAUUG